AGCGCAGCGCAGCGUCCUCCAGAGAAAGCCUGUGGUUUCUGUCCGGUUUCUCUUCUGUUCGUCGCUCAGUUCGGACCCAGAAACCGGUUCCGCUGUGAGCUCAGACUACAUCAUGUUCUCACCGAGGUUGCUCUCUCUGAGGCCUGCUGCCUCCCUGCCCUGCAGAUCUUUCUGCUCGGCUGCAGCAUCCAGACGCGGCCUGGCUCCCGACAUGGACCAGGGAAAUCCACUUUUACAUGUUUCAAAUGUGCGAAACAGGCUGAGGGAAAUAGUUGGAGCUUCAACAAACUGGAGCGACCACCAGCAGGCCAUGGCGGAGCGCGUGUCCCUGUCGUCCAUGUUGGUCAGGUCUCAGGAAGAGCUUCCCGCCAAGCGGAUGAAGGACAGCUUCCUGGAGGUUCACCUGCCUCUGGGGUCGGAGCCGGCGCUGCGGGAGAAAUACCUGACCUACCACAACACCGUCAGGUUUGGGAGGAUCCUGGAGGACCUGGACAGCCUGGCAGUCCUCAUUUCUUACUCUCACACCUACAACCCGGCGCUGAAGCGUUCGCCGCUCUCCAUCGUCACGGCGCUGGUGGAUAAGAUCGACAUGAGGCAGCAAGUCGUCUACCCCGACUGCGACAUCAAGUUCACGGGUCAGGUGACCUGGGUCGGGAGGUCGUCCAUCGAGGCCAAGAUGCACAUGUCACAGUACCGGGACGGAGCGUACGCCCCGGUUCUGGACGCUACGUUUGUGAUGGUGGCCCGAGAUCCGGGCAACAAGAGAGCGGCGUUUGUGAAUCCGCUGGCGCCUGAAGGUCCAGUGGAAGAGAAACUUCUGCAGGAAGGAGAAGCUAAUAAAUCCCGUCGUGUGGAGCUGAGCACGGCGUCUCUGCUGAAAGUCGCUCCCACAAACGAAGAGCAGAAAAUCAUCCAUGAUCUGUUCCUCAACACUCUGGAUGCAAACACAGUUAGUUUCCGCAGCAGAGUUUUGCCUCCCAACUCUGUCUGGAUGGAAGACGCUAAACUGAAAGGCCUGGAGAUCUGCCACCCUCAGCAGAGGAACAUCUUCAACAGGAUUUUCGGAGGUUUUCUCAUGAGGAAAGCUUACGAGUUGGGCUGGGCCAACGCCUGCUCCUUCGGAGGAUGCCGACCCAGUCUGGUGGCCGUGGAUGAUAUUCUGUUCCAGAAACCCGUCGAGAUCGGAUCGUUGCUGAUGCUCUCAUCGCAGGUCUGCUACACCCAGGGGAAGUACAUCCAGGUCAGAGUUCACAGCGAGGUGUUUGACCCGCUGACCCGGCAGCACAGCACCACCAACAUCUUCCACUACACCUUCGCUUCGGACCGCGACGUUCCCAGCAUCGUUCCCCGGACGUACGGAGAGUCGAUGCUCUAUCUGGACGGGAAAAGACACUUUAACCAAACCGUGGAGUCCUGACGGGUCGGAACCAAACCACAGGAAGCUUUCAUGACAAACAACGAAUGAAAUUAAAAUAUUUCAUGCCAAAGUUUUACAAACGUUUACGCUUUUGUUAGUAUUUUUUAUAAACCAAAACAUUUAGUGGCGUCUCACCUAUAGAAACACAUAACUAUCAUGAAUUAUCUACAUUUAUUAUGCUAAACUGACGGAUCACGGCACUUUGUUUCUGCAUGUGUUGAUUUAAUGCA